AGGGGCAUGGGGGCCCCGCGGGUGCCCUGGCCACUCCUCUGGGCUGUGCUGCAGCUGGGCUGGCGGCCAGGAUGUCUCUUAGAUGCCCCCGACAGGCCGUGGAGACCCCUCACCUUCAACCCGCCGCAGCUCUCGGUGGCCGAGGGAGAGACGGCCACCUUCACCUGCAGCUUCUCCAACACGUCUGAGCACUUCGUGCUCAACUGGUACCGCCUGAGCCCCCGGAACCAGACCGACAAGCUGGCCGCCUUCCCUGAGGACGGCAGCCAGCCCCGCAGCAACCGCCGCUUCCACGUCACGCGACUGCCCAACGGGCGGGACUUCCAGAUGAGCGUCCUGGCGGCCCAGCGCAACGACAGCGGCACCUACCUCUGCGGGGCCAUCUCCCUGCUUCCCAGGACGCAGAUCAGCGAGAGCCCCCGAGCAGAGCUCACAGUGACAGAGAGAAUCCCGAAGCAGCCCACCGAGGGCCCCAGCCCCUCGCCCCGGCCCACGGGCCAGCUGCAGAGCCUGGUCAUCAGCAUCACGAGCAUCCUGGUGGGCGUCCUGCUGCUGCUGCUGCUGACCUGGGUCCUGGCCGCCUUCCCCAGGGCCACGAGAGGAGUCUGUGCCUGCCGGAGCGAGGACCCACCUCUGAAGCAGGGCCCCUCCCCGGGGCCUGUGUUCUCCGUGGUGGACUACGGGGAGCUGGACUUCCAGUGGCGAGAGAAGACCCCGGAGCCCUCGGGACCCUGUGUCCCUGAGCUGCCACCACCGACGACGGAGUACGCCACCAUCGUCUUUCCCAGCUUACCGGGUUCCCCCAGCCGCAGGGCCUCAGCUGACAGCCCACAAGGGCCCCGGCCUCUGAGGCCUGAGGACGGACACUGCUCUUGGCCCCUCUGACAGCUUCCUCCCCAGCCCACACCCCCUGCCCAGAGCAGAGCCGGUGCGGAGGGGCAGACCGUGGGGAGAGGAGCAGGGACUGCGUGGAGCCGAGCCCUGUCGGGGGACACUCCUGCACCAUGCCAGCCCCGCCUGGCUCUCUCGUUAGUGCUUGCGGGGACCUGGACGCAAGAGGGAACACUGUCCCCUCCGGGAGAGGAGAGGAGGCUGCCCGGAUGCCAGGCCCAGACCUGGACGGGGCUGGCCGAAGUCUCCCUCCUGAACUGCUGCUCUGCCUUCACCCUGCCCUCCCCGCGGGGGGUGGGGGCGUUAGCGUCACCGAGACCCUGCUGCCCCCAGGGAGCCUGGUGCCUGGCCGUGGGGGUGGGUCCUGCUGGAAGGCUCUGCCGUGGGGCGGCCGGCGAGGUGCUGCCACAGCGAGGAGAGCCAGCAAGUGCCCAGAGGCGGACGGGGGAUGCACAGGGUAGGGAACCCCAAGCCUGCGAAGAGCUCCUGGGGGGCGGGUAGGGCAGCACCCCCAGGUGCCUCCUCCUCGGCAUCUGUUCAUGGUGCUAUUCAAAGGGGCCUCAGGGGGAUCCUGCCUGGGGUGCUGGGUGGGUGGAAGUGUGCCCUUAGCCGGCACCCCCUGGCCAGGCCUGUCACUCCUCACCAGCCUCACACCAGACAUUGGCUGUCCAGGGCAGUGAGGCUGGUGGGCACCCGCCGUGGGAACUCAAAAACGCACGUCCCUCAUGGGCCCCACACACUUCGAGGCCCCUCCCCUUUCCACUAUAUUAUAUUAAAU